AUGGCAUCGCAUCUGGAAAGAACACACGGUACUGGCAGCCUGGACCAAACAACUAAUACCAGACCUCAUAAAAUGGACAAAUUGGAAAGUACAGGGAGCUGGAUUAACCAGUUCCUGACUAGGCACGAUUACUUCAGCACAUACACGAAGGAAAUGGGCAUAACGCAGGAAAACAAAUGCAGCUAUUGUGGAAGUAUUGAUACUCCUGAGCACACAGUUGACUUCAAAAAAGCAUAUGAUACAAUCCGAAGAUCGGCAGUAUACCAAGCACGAAGACGACUUGGGAAUAGUGAAAAGAUUAUAACGCUAAUAAAGUUGACCCUUCAGGAAACGGCAAAUAGAAUAAAAGUUAAAGGAAAAUAUUCUGAAAAGUUCAAGUCUCCAGAGGAAGCGGUAGAAGCUUAUACAGAGGCUAUUCUAAGUACGCCAACUUCAGAUGGAAUUACUGCUUUACAGAUUGGUUUGUGUGAAUGUAAAAAUGUAUCGAGUUUAAGGGCGAAUACUUAG